AUGGAUGAAACUCAGCCUUUACUGCAGGAUGCGCAUCUGGUGUUCAACGAGAGGCCAGAUCAAGCAUCGAUUAAGGACAUUGUGGACUUUCAUCCAGAUGGGGAUGAGGAGAAUCCUCUUGAAUGGCCACAGGCGUACAAGUGGGCGAUCGUGGCUCUUCUGGCUUUGAUGGCUUUCACGGUAACAUUUACAUGUAUAUCCGUCGUGCCUGUUGCAACACGUAUAGUGGAUGAUCUUGACCAUGGCCAUUCUAGCAAAUCUGCUAGCGUGUUGCUGGUAACGAUUUGGGAGCUCGGUGAAGCUGCUGGACCCUUGCUUAUCGCUCCGUUAUCAGAAGUCUUUGGUCGGUACCCUGUGAUGAACGUUGCCAAUGUUCUAUUCAUUACAGCAACAGUUCUAGCAGCGUUAUCCCAGAGCACGACGUUGUUCAUUGCCGCGAGGACUUUAACAGGCCUCGCCGUGGCAUCGAAUGUGCUAAACCCCGCUAUCGUUGGCGAUAUAUUCAUAUCAGAGCAAAGAGGCUCAGCCAUGAGCUUGAUCCAACUUGCACCGCUGAUCGGCGGAGCGGUCGGGCCUGCUAUCAGCGGGGCUAUCGCCGAAACCAUGGGUUGGCGGAGCACAAUGUGGAUGUGUGUGAUAUUAGCUGCUACAUGUGAAGUAGUGUUUCUUACGUGUUUCCGUGAAACAUAUAAAGUUGCCAUUUUAAGACGAAAGGCAGCGAGACUUCGGCUUGAAACUGGUAAUACAGCGUUACGAACUGUGUUUGACGCGGAUGAUGGCUCAAGAUCCGAGAAAUUAUGGGGUGCAAUCAUCCGCCCCUUUACUGUGCUAGCGGGCUCGGGCGUGUUGCAAAUGCUAUCGCUUUUCGGUUCUAUUACUUUCACGUACUUUUACAUCUUGGUCACUACUCUCCCAGAUAUCCUUGGGACCAUAUACGGUUUGUCGCCUGCGGGUGCUGGAUCCGCGCUUAUCAGCUUCAGUAUUGGUUCGGCUUUAAGCGUAGUACUAUGCAACCAAACUCUAGACAGAAUCUACAUCAAACUCCGCGACUCUCAUAAGGGGGUUGGUCAACCGGAAUACCGUUUACCCUUGGUUAUUGUCGGAGGGUUUACCUUACCUCUGGUCGCCGCAUGGUACGGAUGGAGUGCGCAAUUACACGCUCCAAUUCUACUGUUACUCUUCUCGGUUGCAAUCAUGGGCCUUACUCUCAUGCUAGGGUUCCUUCCACUCUAUGCUUAUGUUGUAGACGCUUUUGGGUUGUACGCCGCCUCUGCCAUGACUGCGGUGAUUGUCACAAGGUGCUUAGCAGGCACAUUCCUACCAUUAGCUGCUGCACCUCUAGUUGAUAGAUUUGGGUAUGGGAUAGGCUUGUCAAUUCUAGGAGCGGCAAGUUUCCUUCUCGCGCCGAUCCCAGUAUUAGUUCUGAGGUAUGGAUCUAAAUGGCGACAGGGCUCUAAGUAUUCCAGAGACGAAUGA